CGACUAUCCCCCGCCUUCCCAUCCCGCGCGCGCCCCCCCUUCUCCCCUCCUCUUCCUCCUCCUCCUCCUAGAGAAAACGGGGGGGGGGCGACCCAGCUUCGGCCCUUCCCCCGCCCCGAAAGACGGCCGCCGAGUCUCCGCUUGCCCAGGUACAGCUGGCAGCCAUGGGCUGGUGGCCGAUUCUGCUUUUCGUGGCAGCCACGUGGGCUGUGGGGGUCCAGGCUAAGGGGUGCAAUAAAGCCCUUUGUGCUAGCGAUGUCAGCAAGUGUUUGCUGCAGGAAAUGUGCCAGUGCAAAUCCAACCGUACUCGGUGCUGUCGGGAAUGUGCAUUCUGCCUGGCUAAGCUGUGGGAACCGUGCUGCGAUUGUGUAGGUCUGUGUGAUGAACAUGUCUCGUCCGCUCCCCACCCUGCCCAGCGAAGCUCCAUGCACGACUUGGUGUCUCCGGUACCAUCCCUUUUCCGGGCGCUCCUGGCUCUCUCCAACAAUCACCCUGCUCUAGGCUGGAGCAUCACAACUCUGCCAUUAGACGAGGAACUGCGGCAAAACCAUGUGGACACUGGACAUCUUCUGUUGGGACCACAUACAGACCUGGCAGCCCCAGAUGCUGACAGGAGCCCCAAUGCGACGAUGCCAGCUUGCCAGUCCAUUUACUUCAACGACUGCCUGUCCAUGAGCCGCUGCCGCGCGGCCUGUCAGUCGGUGGGCGCCUGGCGCUACCGCUGGUUUCACAGCGCCUGUUGCCAAUGCUUGGGGCCGGACUGCCAGGGCUAUGGAGGUGCCCACGCCAAUUGUUCCAACUGCCAGGAUUGAGCGGAGAGGCUUUCUUCUUCCUUGGCGCACCCAGCGUUGAAUCGCCUACACUUUUCUACACGGCUCCUUGCAAACCGCAUGCAACUUUUAUCGCUUUCUCUUCCACGCCCAAAUAUUUUCAGCAGCGAGAACGAGUUUAUGGACUCUUAGACCCCAGCCCAGUCUUUCCCUCUGCAGUUGGGGGGGGGGUCUGUCCUGGGACCUCAUCUUGGACAUUUUUCCUUCCUUUCUUCCCCUCCCACCUCCCAGUUUUUCUGAAAUCAGCGGACAUCAGCCCUGUGCACGAAUCCUCAAAUCCCUCCUUUUAAUGAUAUCUUUGUAGCCUUUUGUAGUAAUAAAAAGAAUGGGGGGAAACAGCCUUGCCUGAAAGUAUU